UGGAGUCAAAUUUUUUAACAAUUUGUUCUCAACUUGUUCUUGUGUCAACCUGAGGGUAACUUUUAGAAAACUUAAGACACACAAAAUACGAACCCUAAUUGUGUAGAGAGGCAACAAUGGCAUCGGCAAAGCGAUGCCACUACGAAGUUCUCGGUCUCUCCCGAGACUCCUCUCCGGAAGAAAUCCGAUCCGGUUACCGGAAGCUCGCCCUCCAACGCCAUCCAGACAAGCUCGUCAAAUCCGGCCUCUCUCAAGCUGAAGCAACCGCUCAGUUUCAGGAGCUUCAGCACGCCUACGAAGUCCUCUCCGAUCCAAAGGAACGUGCAUGGUACGAUUCUCAUCGUUCCCAAAUCCUCUUCUCCGAUCCAAAUUCCCACUCUAAUUCCGUUGUGCCUGACCUCUUCUCGUUUUUCUCAAACACAGUUUAUUCUAGUUAUUCCGAUACCGGUAAGGGUUUUUACAAGGUUUAUUCCGAUGUAUUUGAUAAAAUUCUGGCCAAUGAGAUCAAUUUCGCUAAGAAAUUAGGUUUAGGAGUUGAUUCUGUUCGACAGGCUCCACUUAUGGGGAAUUUAGAUAGUCCUUACACGCAGGUUACUGCUUUUUAUGGUUACUGGUUGGGAUUUUCGACAGUGAUGGAUUUUUGCUGGGCGGAUGAGUAUGAUGCGAUGGCCGGUCCGAAUAGAAAGUCGAGGCGGUUGAUGGAGGAAGAGAAUAAUAAGGUGAGGAGAAAGGCUAAGAGGGAGUAUAAUGAUACUGUGAGGAGGUUGGCUGAUUUUGUGAAGAAGAGAGAUAAGAGAGUGAUUGAUAUGAAGGUGAAGAAGAAUUUGGAGAUGGAGAAGAAGAAAGAGGAGGAGAAGGAGAGGAAGAGGAAGUUGGAGAUGGAGAAAAAGGAGAGAGCUAUGGCUUAUGAGGAGCCUGAUUGGGCUAAGGUUGAUGAAGAAGAAGUUGAGGAUUUGUUUGAGGAUGAUGAGUUUGAGGAGAAGAAAGAUGAGAAGGAGUUUUAUUGUGUGUUGUGUGGUAAGAAGUUUAAGAGUGAGAAGCAGUGGAAAAACCAUGAGCAGUCUAAGAAACAUAAGGAGAAGGUUGCUGAGUUUAGGGAUUCACUCGAUGAUGAAGAGGAGUUAGAAGCUGAGGUGGAUGAGGAAGGUGAGAGCGAAAGAGAGGGGGCUGGAGAAGAGAGAUUACAAAGUGAGGAGGAUGGAAGUGGGGUUGAGGAUUUGAAGGAAAGGAUUCAAGAUUGUCUUAAUGUUGCAGAAGAGGAGAGUGCAAAUGGGGUUGAGCUGAAUGAUGAUGAUGAAUUUUUCGAUGCUUCACAUGCAAAAGAGGGGGAAGAGGAUGGUGUAUCAGUUGAUUUAGAUGACAAUGAUGAUGACGGGGAUGAUGAAAAUGGUGUUCUUGAAACAAUGGUGGCAGGGCACAAAGGAAGAGUUGAUUUUGAUGAUGAAGAUGAUGAGAUUGAUGUUCUUGAAGCAAUGCUGGCUGGGCACAAGAGCAGAAAACCUGGUGCUUCAACGCACAAGCCCACAGAUUCUUUAACUCCAACUCAAGUUGAGAGUGAGAAUGAGAAUGAUGGGGUUGGUGCUAUGGAAUAUAACAACCGAAAGAUCCCAAAAAAGAAACGUAGAGCCAAGAAAGAGAAGGGUCGGAAAAACGGGGACGAAUCUAAUGUUCCUACCAAUGGAAAAUAUGAGAAGAAUAUACACACCAAUGGAAAUGAUGAUUCUAAUGCACAAGAGUCCAGUUCCCGAAAUUUCAAUGAUAAUGAGGAUAAUGGGAGUAAAGAGAAUGAGCAGUUGGGUAGAGAUAAUAAAAAGAUUUCAAAUCAACCAAUUGAUAAGAAAGGAACUUCAAAGGACACAAAAACCAAAGCAAAAAUUUCAUCCAAAGGAAGAAAAGCAAAGAAUACUUCAAAGAAUCUUGGCCAUUUUUGUGAGACGUGUGGAGAGGAUUUUGAGUCAAGGAAUAAAUUACAUAGGCAUCUGGGAGAAUCUGGGCAUGCAGCAAUGAAAAGUCGAUAAGAAAAAUACAGUGAUGAUUAAUCAGUUCAAAUGUAUCAAGUGGUUUUCCAGGUCUAGGAUAUGUGACAAUUUCAAUUUUUGGUCCAUUCUUUAAUUUUUCUUAGUGUUUAGAUCAAUUGUAACCCAGCAUUUGGCAGAAAGCAUGCUGUCAUUCAUGCGAGAGUUCAUAAGGGUAUGGACUAUGGAUACAUGGUAUACACUUAUGUAUGUCAGCAAAAUUUUGAUCAAUCAUUUCUAGAGUGAGCAGAUGGAGUUAUGUUCCCUGAUACACAAGAUUGAAGGUUUAUGAAGAUGUGGAUCCUAAAAAAAAAUAUGUAUUUUUAUUAAACAUUAAAAUAUUAAAUUUAAUAGUAAUUUUACAACUUUUUAUACAA